ACCUCCACCUUCGUCUAUCCUCAAAGAAAGGAGAAAAUCGGCCUGAAAGUUACAGCUUUCAUGAGUGAGAUGCCCAUAUCAAAAGAAUCCGAGAAAGAAGAAACGAAACUGGAGAUGCUGAUCGAUUGCGCUCCCUCCAUGCACCACUUCUACCUGCCUAGCUACAUAGGUGGGGCCUACCCGUAUACCUACGAGCGGCCCUACUUCCUACACCAUCCACCCACAGCCCCUAAAUUCGACUUUAGGAGGCUGGCGGAAUCGGCCACCUCUCCCUCCAGCGAUGGAGGCGCUGCGGUGGCCGUUAUCACCAGCCACGCUUUCCCUUUAGUGGGCAGCUAUGGAUUGAUGCCCCCUUAUCCCGAAGGGAGGAAAUUGUUGAGAAACAGGGCCGUUAGUAGACCUAAAAAGGAGUUCAUAUGCAAAUUCUGCCAAAGGCACUUUACUAAAUCCUACAACUUACUCAUCCACGAACGAACGCAUACUGACGAGAGACCAUAUACCUGUGAUAUCUGUCGCAAGUCUUUCAGACGUCAGGAUCAUCUCCGGGAUCACAGGUAUAUCCAUUCCAAAGAGAAACCAUUUAAAUGCAGUGAUUGUGGAAAAGGGUUCUGCCAGUCCAGAACCCUGGCCGUACAUCGCGUGCUUCAUCUGGACGAUUCGCCUCAUAAAUGUCCUACCUGCGGUAGAACCUUCAACCAGAGGAGCAACUUAAAGACUCACCUGCUGACCCACACGGACAUCAAGCCUUUCAACUGUCCUUCCUGCGGGAAAGUGUUUCGUAGGAACUGUGAUCUACGUCGACACAUCUUGACCCAUAGCCUAGGCUUAGACGAAAGACCCAUAGACUGUUCCACAUGCUGUUAUCCCUCCACUACCCAGGAAAUUGUAGAUGUAGAAAAUUGAGAAAUUUGUAUGUUUAAUUUUCGGAGUGUUUUUCCUUUUGUAUCCAAUAAAACUCUUUUUU